AUGGCGGCGCUUCGACACGCGACUAGGAGGCUCGCUUGCCAGCGACCGCCGGCGAUUCAUAGGGCGGCUGUUGCGGAGCAGCCACGCCGGCUGUUGAAUGGCGGACUGUCUGCAGUAGGCCGCAACUUUUCUCUCGCGGGGGAGCAACAGUGGAUCUUGCCGAGGCUCGUCCAUGGCGGUUCGCCUUCGGUUGGGCGCACAUAUUCUCGCCAAUUUUCCUCCUUCAAUCAUGAACCUAAUCCAAGCACCUUUAUGGAGAGGGCGAAGGAAGCCUUCGAGUUGUGGGACCGGACUAUGGAGCUUAUGUACAGGACCUCAAUUGUACUCUUCAAACUUGCACUUGCUGGGGUUGUUGUGCUAGAUUGUUGCCGCUCUCAAUAUCUUCUGAUGAUAGUUCGAGUAAUGUUGGGCCUCGAGCCUCAAGAAUGGUUUCUUACAGACGACAAGGAGGAUGAGUGUCCCACAUGCGGUCACGCCUUAGGCGAAGGAAGGAAUGUGUGCCACCACCAGCAGCAGCAGAGCGCGGAAGAAGAUGAUGCUGGCCGCUAGUUGUGUGGUGUGAGUUAAGUUAUUAGAAAUGAUUCUAACGGGCCGACCUAUUUGGGCAAACA